GUAUCCCCCUCCUCGCGCAGUGGUGCCAUUUCUAGAGAAUUCUCCCUAGUUCUAGGGAGAAUUUACGAUGUUUUCUAGUUCUAGGGACUUUUAGCAAAAGGGAAAUUCUAGGGAUUUUUUACCGUUUCAAAAAAAAGAUUAAUGAAUAAUUAAAUUCCAAUCUAUAUUGCAAAAAUAUAAACGGACCCUGUUAACAUAAUUGUUAAAUAAAACAGUAUACAGCUUUGCUAAUUACAAGGUUGGUUGCACUGUACAUCUUCUGUGUGAAUCGUGAAUCACCGAUAAGUUCUCCGCCACCUGCCGCCACCGACGACUGUAUGACGCAUACCCAGUUCAUUAAAGUGUGACGCGAUGUUUUUGCGACUGCGUGCGUUUAAUGUGAAUAUUAGGACGGUCAAAUUAAAAAAGAAUCUUUGUUCAAAGUUUUUAAGUUUAGUUUUGUGAUGAUGGAGUCCGAUACAGCAGAAAAUUCUGAUCAAAUGUGAAGUAACCAAAGGGAAAUGGCAAAAUUUGAGAGAUAACUUUCGCAGAGAACAUGCAAACAUUUCGAAGGCGCCUACAGGUAGUGCAGCUCUCGGUAAUACUCAAAUCUCUUCGUGGAAAUCAUACAAACAACUUUCAAUCCUAAUCGGCGCGUUUUCUUCCCGAAGAAUGAAGACAAAUAUCCCUUCCGGGUUAAGCCAAACUUCAGAGCUAGCUGAUAUCCUAAAUGAAGAAGAAGAAGAAGAAGACGUAGCAAGGGCAUCUAACAACACCAUUGAUCCUAAUUGUGCGAUCAGCAACAGUACUGUUGAAACACAACAAUCACAAACCCUCUUAGAUACUGUUCAAACAGACCCGUUUCGUGGUCCCAGUGUAAAGUCGUUCAAAUAA